UUUAUUUAAUAAUGGGAGCAUGCGGCGGUAAAUCAGGAGGAGAUAAGCAACAAUCAAUGUCGAAAGAGCAGAAACGUAAGCGAAUUAUUUUGAGUCUUAGAAUUGGCUGUAAAUAAAUUCGAGGUUGGCCCCAACAUCUUUGUUAAUUUAAAGUAAGGUGAUAUAACUGAUACUUAUAUCAUUAACAAAAUAUUAGGAGAAGGUAUUAACAUCGAAUUAUCAAUCAGGUUCAUAUGGAUAGGUGAGACUAGUUUAACAUAAGAAGACUGGCUAAUAAAGAGCAAUGAAGCAAAUAUAAAAAAAAAAGAUUCUCAAGGAACAAGAAGACGCUAUGUUUAGUGAGGUGGCCUUACUAAAAGAUAUGGAUCAUUAGAACAUCGUCAAAUUAUUCGAAUUGUAUCAGGAUAGUCAAAAUUACUAUUUGGUUACCGAAUACUUGAAUGGAGGGGAAUUACUAGACAAAUUAACAAAGUUGUCAACCUUUAAUGAGAGAACGGCAGCAGAGUACAUGAAAUAAGUAUUAUCAGCCCUCUCUUAUUGUCAUGCAUAAAAUAUUAUUCAUAGGUAUAUUAAAAAUUUAUGUUAUGUAGAGACAUGAAACCAUCAAAUAUCAUGUUAGCAUCUCCAGAUCCCAAAUCUCCUAUUAAAGUCAUUGAUUUUGGUACUGCCAAAAAGUAAUUGAGUGGAGAAUCUUAGACCUAAGUUAUUGGGACAGUACUUAUACUAUCUAAUUUUUAUUAUAGCCCUUGUACAUAGCCCCUGAAGUCAUAGACAAAAAUUAUACUGAAAAAUGUGAUAUAUGGUCAUGCGGAGUAAUCUUGUAUUAAAUACUAACUGGUAAAUUCCCAUUCGACGUCAAGGUCUAAAGUCUACAGCAAUUAUUCAGCAAUAUCAAAUCAGGAAAAUAUAAUUUUAAUUCUAAAGAGUUUACUAGCUUAUCUUUUGAGGCUCAAAAUUUAAUCAAAUCCAUGCUUUAAUUGGAUCCCAAGAAGAGACCAUCAGCAAGUGAGAUUUUGAAUGAUCCUUGGAUCAAAGAAAAAGCAAAGGAAGACAAGAUAAGUUUGGACGUAAUGAACGAUUUAGGCAAAUUUCAUGUAAUGAAUAUUAUUCUAUUUAUUCUUAGAAUGAAAGCAAUAUGAGAGCAGCCAUUUUAUAAUUGAUUGCAGGUGAAAUGAUGACAAAUGAAGAAAAAGAUUAAUUAAACUAAACCUUUUAGAGCAUGGAUAAAAACAAGGAUGGAUAACUUUCAAAAGAGGAAUUAGUCCAAGGUAUUUAUUUGUUCCAUUUAAUAGCUUACACUCAGGUUUUUAAUGAUGAAUUAAAGGCUAAGCAUUUAGUAGAGGAUAUUUUUAAAUAGAUUGAUUAAAAUAACUCAGGAAAAAUAAGUUACACAGAAUUUUUGGUAGCAUCAGCUAAAUAAAAUACAAUUUUAUCAAAAACUAAAAUUGAUUAAGCCUUUAAAAUGUUUGAUAAAGUAUUUAUGAUAAUUAUCAAUAGGAUGGCAAUGGUCAAAUUAGUAAACAAGAAUUAUAAGAUAUCAUGUGUGGUGUUGAUAUCGAUAAUGCCUAAUGGGGUCAAAUCAUAGCUUAAUGUGAUAAAAAUGGGGAUGGAAUCAUCUAAUAUGAUGAAUUUGCAAAUAUGUUAUUAUAAACUGCCAAAAAAUGA